CCACACACCCCUCAGACUCUCGGACACACCAAACGGAUCUCCUGUCAAAACGGUGCGUUCGCUCUCUUUAAAACAAACACCAACUACUCUUUCUCUCUCUCACUUUCUCCCACUAAAACACUAUCUAUAUGGAAGCGCCGGAAUACUUCGUCGGAGGCUAUUUUUCGGCCGGAGGAGCUGACCAAUUCACUCAGCAGGAUAAGCGCCAUGCUGACCAGAAAAUCGGUGAGUCUUUCGCCAUUGAUGACCUCCUCGACUUCUCCCACGCCGACGCCAUUAUGUCCGACGGUUUCUUCGACAAUGUAGCCGGGAACUCCACUGACUCCUCCACCGUCACUGCUGUUGACAGCUGCAACUCCUCAAUUUCGGGCAGCGACAACCGCUUCGCCUCAGCCAUUGUCCCUCGCGGCUACGCCGGCGAUCCUCAAUUCUCCGGAGAACUCUGCGUUCCGUACGAUGAUAUGGCGGAACUGGAAUGGCUCUCGAACUUCGUUGAGGACUCGUUCUCCGCCGAGGAGGAGUUGAAAACGCUGCAGCUACUGUCCGGCGCAGCUGCGUCCACCGCCAUUGGCGCGAAACCGCAGACGCCAGAGUCCUCGUCCUCCACCGACACGCUGCCGCCGUUCGCUUCCGACGAAACCGCUCGAAACGCACCGUUUCUCCACACGGAGACGCCUCUCCCGGGGAAGGCGCGCAGCAAGCGCUCACGCGCGGCGCCGGGGGACUGGUCCACACGCCUGCUUCGCCUGGUGGCACCGGAGCAAGAGAGGCCGCCGCAGGCGAAGGAUUCACCGGUGAAGAAGAGAGAGGGAACGAAUGCAGAGUGUUCCGGAAGGAAAUGCCUGCACUGCGGCGCGGAGAAGACGCCGCAGUGGCGGACGGGACCGAUGGGACCGAAGACGCUGUGCAACGCAUGCGGCGUGAGGUUCAAGUCCGGGCGGCUGGUUCCGGAGUACAGGCCGGCGGCGAGCCCGACAUUCGUGUCGACGAAGCAUUCGAAUUCGCAUCGGAAGGUUUUGGAGCUGAGGCGGCAGAAGGAGAUGCAUCGACAGCAGCAUCAGCAAUUGAUGAGUCAGAGUUCAAUUUUCGGCGUAUCAAACGGUGGAGACGAGUUCUUGAUCCAUCAUCAUCACCACCAUCAGCACUGUGGGCCAGAUUUUAGACACGUUAUUUAGUCUUUUUCUUUUUAAUUUUAAUUUUAAUUUAGGGUGCAGGUCUCAUUUUAAACUAUCGUCAGCUUCAGCACUCUCUUUCCCUUUUAUCUUAUCUGAAAAAUUUUGUCUUAUAAAUUUGAAUUCUUAGCUUCUU